AUAUGAGUGUGUAUGCAUUUUCAAGGCGGUCUUUCUGUUGCAAGAAAAAAACAGUAGUCUAACAGGAAAACGAAUAGGUCGAGCUGCUGAUGAAGGCAUGCAAAUGCAAUUUACAGACGGAAACUGACGUUUGAGAUCUUUAUGUGCUAGUGGAGGCUUGUGAGAUGGCAGUGUGUUUAAUUUUAGUUGGAGAUAGGUGGAAUCACCUCAGCGGUGUGUGAAAGAGGGAGCGAGAGGCGAGGGAACAAGAGGGGAGGGGGCGGGGGUGUAUGGACCUCACUGGCUACGGGACCUACAGGCACCCCGAUUGUGCUCUGCUCUCAUCAUUUUUGGAGGUGAGGACAAAAGAAAAAAGGGGAAAUCGGAAGAAAGGCCCGGGAUCGGAGUGUCGUGACGGGCCCCCCGACUUCGCCGCCGCUGGUCGGGGUUGUCUGGACUCAAAAGGGUGAGGGGAAAGCGGCGGAGCAGUCGACUCGAGACUGGGGUUUCCUGCCACAGCAGCGGGAUUGUCACAAAACAGCCUUUCACUCUUCGAGGGGCCUUGUAUUGCUACGUUUUCAGAGUUGUGAAGGCCAGCGGCUUCUGGAAAAUGAACUUAUCUGCAUGGAAAUACUGAAGAGAGAACAGGAGCUUGAAUUGACUGAACUUGAAGUGGAAUAAAUGGAUUACCCUCCUUUUGGAAAAUUGUUGCCAUGGAACUAGGUAGAAUUAAAUGAUGGUUGGCAGAAAGAAACAAAGGUAAGACAGCUACAUGCUGAAGAUACAGGAGAGCACCAAGAAGAAUCUGAACACAGAAUCGAGGAGAGAACAGUUACUAAAUAGGGACCAAAGACUUCUACAGUCCGAAUGAAUGCAUGCCGUAGCAAAAAAAAAACAGUAUUUGAAAGGGAAUGACCAAGAAAAAGAACAUCUCAAAAAGUAUUACACUCUGCAUCCAAGAGCUGAUGAGAAUAUCAAUGGAGUGUUUGCCUCUGGGAGUGUUUAGUGAGGGUCUGUUUUCAGACGUCUUGAUCCGAGUUACUGCAGCUUCGGUCUCACACAGGUGUGAGUCAGGUCCUGGCAAACAUAUUGAGAAACUGAAGGAUUGUUAUGACAGAAAACAUUCUCAAUGGUUUUAUUGAGGGGUUUUUUUUUUUGUUGUUUUUUUUUUGGUUUUGUUUUUUUUUUUUUUGCACAAGAUGCUCUUGGACCACAACACAGUUUAAUCCUAACAUAGCUCUGUUUGCUUGAGCUGUUAUUAUAGUGGAGCGUGUACAUGUAAAGACAUUUGAGGUUAAACAUCUCACAUGGUGGCGCGUCAGAUGUCCAUGAUAUCAUUGCCUGCUCAGUGCCAAACUGCUUCAGCUUCAUGGGAAUGACUGCACUGUUUUAGUCUUGUAUUUUUCUGCAGUAGAAACCUGCUUCUUCUUUUAUUUUAUUUUUCUUUUUUCUUUAAAUUCCAUUUUGAGGACCCAGCUGUAAACUGAACUUUUUUCCAAAAAAAAGAAAAGAAAGUGAAAACAACCACACCGCCAUCAGAUUGAAGACUUUUACCAUUUGGCCUUUUCAUAUAUUGAUAAAAUCAUUGUUCGAACUCCCUGCCCACUUUCUACUACAAAAAAGUUAUUAUAACAUCUGCGGUAUAUGUAUUCCUCAGCUUGAACUCUUUGGUUUUUCAAAGCAUUUCCUUGUUUUACUGCCAGGCCAUAGACUCUCUCUUUGUCAUUUAUGGUUACUGCCGUAAGCCUUCCAGUUUCUGAUCAGAAGCAUUCCCUGGUAUAGUCACUGACAGAUAUUUCCGUUUUUAAUCCAAACUUGGAAAAACAAUGCAGAAUUUUUCAAACAGCCCGGCUCCCCCUUCUCUCCCCCCGGGGUUCAGUGGAAGGGGUGGAGGGGGAACUCCAUAUCCCCCUCAGCCAGCAGAUCCCCAGAUCUCCCCAAGGAUGACGGAUGAUUACGCAGGGAUGCAACAGCAGAGCCUGCACAGAGGCCACCACCACCCCAGUCAAGCCAGCCACAUGCUUGCUUACAGUGCUAGAAACAGAGGGGCUGUUGAGGCAGCGCCAACACAGGGUAACAUUCACAGCGCCAGCGCUAACAACCCUUACAGGAAGGAGGCCAUGGAUUAUUAUUUUUCAAUGGGUGGAAAGGACAGGCACAGAAGAGGGGGCAUGGCUUACGGGGCAGGAUUUGGGUACCCUAAUAUUGAUGGACACAUACCUCACCAGUACCGACAUGCUGGAUCUGGCUCUGCACCAUCGUCUGGCCUGAUGUCACCAUAUCCAGUAGACUAUGGCUCCAGUGCUGGUUCAGGUGGAGGUGCUGGUGCUGGAGCGUUCUCUCCUUCUCAUCAGUAUAAUAUGAGUCAGAACGCUGCAAUGCAGUCAGUGCCGGGAUCCCAGAUGCAGCACCGCCAGCUUGGACAAACCUUCCCAGCUGUCCACCAUGCACAGCAGCAUAGAAGCUAUCCGCACUCUGGGCACAGAAUGACCCCUCAGUACCCACACUACUCCCCACAGGGUGGAGCAUCCACAGGGUCAUCAGGAAUGUACAGCCCCCCUCCACAGAGAUAUCUCGAUGGGGCUGCUAGCACGGGGUUCGAUCCCAAAGUCAACAGUUCUCCCAGCGUCAACUCCAGUUCAAACUCAGUCUCCAGUUCAGUUGCUGCUAACAAUGUGGGGCCAAUGGAGAAUGUUCAACAGAGUUACCAUGCUUCAAAUUAUCCCGGAUAUUCCCCACAGACACUUUCACUUCACAAGCAAGCCACACUACAGCACCGCAACUCGCAGCACAAUUUAGGGGUAGGUUAUGACAACUCUCUCAAGAUGCAGCACCAGGGCCCGUCUCCAGGCUCUGUAUAUGCUAAACAUCAUCAAGCCUCCAAUCCUAGUAUACCUCAAGCAGCAUCUCAAGAAAUAGCCAAAUCCCCAAUGCACCCCAAUGCUCAACAAACCCAAAUUAACCAAAACUUCAGCCCGAUUUCCAACCCUUCACCAGCUGCGUCUGCAGUGCAUUCCCCUAGUUGUAGCUCGUCUCCUUCCCCUUUGAUGGGUGUCUCCGAGGUACACGGAAACCCCUCAGGUCAUGGUCCUUCACACCCUCCUACAUCAAACCCCCGUAGCAGCCAUGGUCAAGGUAGAUUACUGCAGACCAUGCCACAGUUGAGUCCCACACCCAAUUCAAACAGCAGCAUCAGUAGUUGUGGUAGCAGUGGCAGUCAUAAAGCUCACAACAUGAGUGCAGUUGGAGGGAGUAGUCUUCCUCCAACAGGCCGCAACAAAGUAGGUCUAGGCACAGGAAUCGCAUCUCGAGAGGAAGGCUCCUCUAUUUAUUCAUCCUCUUCCCUUGACAAAAUGCAAGAUGCUGGCCUGAAUAGUCUUAAUGCCUUGAGCUCACAAGUAGCCAAUUUACCAAACACAGUUCAGCAUAUGCUCCUCACCGACUCAGUGCUUUCACAGAAGAAGGGGAAAGAUGCGGGGCAGAUGCAACAGGCAACACAUGGUGUGCCGCCAUCGCAACCAAGGAGUCGAAAUGCAAGUGCAGCCUCAAGCACUAGCACGGUUAAAGAUGGAAGUGCGCUGGGGAUUGGGGAUGGCGCCAACUUAGAUGCUGGUGCUGAUGAAGACUCCUCAUUGAUGUCAGUUGGAGGCUCAUCCGGGACCAAGGUGGAGCGCGAGGAGCAGUAUUCUGAGGGGGAACAUGGGAGAAUGAGGCAAAUGAGUGGUGCAAGCAGUGGAUCUGAACCAACUAGCUAUCAUCCUCCCUCUCAGAGUCAAACUCAGACUGGGCAAGCAUCAGCUGUUAAAACAGUCAUAUCUGAUUCACCGUUAAAAGAACCGAUUGUUUCCGAAACAAAAGCAAACGAAGCUCACGUUCCCUCUUCAUCAUCAUCUCCAUCCUUUGGAUGUCAGUCAUCAGAGACUGGCCCAACUUCACAUUCGACACCUCCAGUUUCUUCAUCCCCUUCCUCCACCUCCUCCAGUAUUCCUCCUCCACAGCCAAAUUGUGUCUCAGAGCCUGGUCUGACAUAUAAUGACCACAGAGGUGGCCAUAGGAGGACAACAGAAAUAAAAAAUGAAGUUAUCAAAAAUGAAAGUGAAGGCACGGUUGACAAAACAGAGAAAGGCAGUGGCCAAAUGCAGCGAGAUGGCGAAGCCAAUUCACAAAAUUGUCAGGACAAAGAAAACAGGUUGCACACUGCAUCCAGAUUACACAAUAAUGAGAGGGAAGAAAAGCACACAUCUGAGGAACAGCAGAGUGCCAGCAGUGUCGGUGUGAUUGUUUCAGCUCGGUCUGAGGGAAGUCACGCUGAAAAAAGCAAGCAUCCCCAAGACAACUGUAUAGAAGAUAAACACUCUUUCUUAAGAGAGCCGAGCAGCCACAACGGGGACGAAGGUGUAGAUCUGAGUAUAUAUUCCUCUCUUCACCAGAAAUCAAAUUUUGGACGGCCUCAAAAUCCUCCCCAGUCCGGACCACAUAAAUAUAGCUACCCAGAAUCAACAUAUGGCUCAGAUUUGUCAAUGAAAAACAGAGGGAGAGCCGGCCAAGGGGGUGUAAUGGAAUCAAAUUCCAGAUACUUGGGGUACCAGCAGUCACAAACCAGUUAUGGCUCUGUGCAUCCAAAAGAUGCUGGUUCUGUAGCAGAGGCUUUGGUGAAGAGAGGGCAAGGAGCAGGGGCUAAAGGUCAUGAGGAUAACUCACAAAUGCAGCAAUUUCCAAGCCUUUUACAAGAAGUUCUUCAAGGUUACAAUUUAGAUAGACGUUAUGGCAGACCAGAGCAGGCAUUUCCUGCUCAUCUCCAGGUUCAACAGCAGUUUCAAACCAGACACCCAUAUGGCAUGAGUGAAAGUAUAAGGAUGCAAAGUGGAGGGACUGAGGCCUCGGCUCAUUUUGGACAAAUGGGGAGCUCUGGAAAGACCCCACAUUCAAGCCAGAGGCAUGGAAGUGAGCCUGAUUUUACCCCAGAUGCUCAGGCCUCAGUGAAGUCAGAAGUGUCAAGUACUAAGAUAAUGCAAAAUGCUGAAAAACCUGAAGCGGGUGUGUCCCAGAGCCAUUUACAGCAGGCUACAGAGUCUCAGCUACCCCCAACAAAACAUAUAAACUUAGCUGACUAUUCUCUACCACAGAGAAAAGCAUUAUCUAAUGUGCCCGCUCCAUCCUCUGCUGUGCAGGAGCUCCUUUUGCAAGAGCCAGAGCCGCUAACAGGCAGCAUUGGUCAAACUGAGUCUCAAAAAUCAUCAGGCUCCAUAUUAGCCCCAUCAGAGCGGCGCUCUGUCAUCUGUGAUGUGUCGCCAAACCGACGCAGCACACCAGAGAGGGAUAGGGAAAGUGACAGAGAGAGGGAGCGGGAGAAAAGUCAGAGUGGAGCCUCUGUGAUUCAACAGCCAUUUUCCUCUCUAGCAGCAGCCAGUGAUCUGAGUAAAAAGGAUAUUGGAGAGAAACAAGUGGUGAAAAUGGAAUCGGCAUCAAAAGAGGCUGGCCCAGACGCAGCAAAUUUACAAACUGAUCAUCAUGGCAGUGGUGGAGCUAAUGAGGCUGAUAUUGAGUAUCAUUCCAAGUCUGUUCAUUCAUCUGUUGUCAUGAAUGCUGACCCCUAUAGGCGAGGUAGUGUUGACAUUACGCCCCUGCCUUCACAUCCUUUGAGUACUAACCCUUUAUCUUCACCUUCAAGGCAUCAGUCCUAUCUCCAUGGUGUUGAUUUGUCAACUGGAAGUGGCAGCAGUUUUCCUGGAUAUCGAUUUGGUGAUGCAAGAGAAGGGAAUGUGAUGCCACGCAGUAACCCCCAUUUUCCCUCCCACCAUCCAUUCCACAAUUUAUCCCCCCAGACUCAAUCCACAAAUAAGCUUCAAAUGUAUCCUCACCCUCGUGCCCCGCCUCAUCACCCCCAUGACAUGAAUGACUGGGUGAAAGCAAUGAACAGGCCAUCAAAGGAAAUGAUGAUGCAGCCCGGUUCUUCUCCAGGAAGACACAAGGUCAGCCAAUCAGAGCAGAGACAGAGGAUGGUCUCACAAACUGACAUACCCAGCGAACAGCACCCAAUCAAACCUUCCCUCCAUCAUCAAAGCGCUUUCUUUGAUUUGAAAAUGUGGGAGUCGUCACACUCUGGAAGAGAAGGUGCUAGAAUGAUAGAGGGAGACUCCUUCUUCAGAACACAGCCGCCUCCUCCUCCACCUCCUCCUCUCCCUCCUGCCCCUGUAGCUUCACAUGUCCCUGUUCCUCCACAAAUGACUCACAGCCAAAAUGCUGCUGAACCUGAGGUCUCCAGAGGAGCCAUAGAGGAAGUCAAACACCCCAUCCCACUUCCUCCACCUAGCUCCACUAAGCCUUCUGCUGACAUGAACUCCAUUCAGCCACAGGUGCAGCGUCAGACCAAAGCUGGGGGUUCUGGAGACACAAAUCCGCUAAUAUUGCGAAGGAGAGUUCGUUCUUUUAUCUCUCCCAUUCCCGCCAAAAGGCAACUCCAAGAUGCGCCUCAGCAGAGGGCUGCCACAAAUUCACAUCACUCCCCUGGAGCUCAGUCAGAGUCGAGCCAUCACAAUGAAGAUGACUCAUCCAGUUCUGAUAUCCCAUGUCCCAGGCUCUCUUCCCCUCUGCCCGGAGAGAACACCUAUUUACAACCUCUGUCUCCAUCGAGUGGUAAUACCAAGGCUUUGCCUCCCAGGAAAGGACGAGGUUUGAAACUAGAGGCAAUAGUGCAGAAAAUCACGCCAAAUAUUAAAAAGCCAGCAGGCCAUGUUGAUGAUGAGUCAAAUCAUUACCCGGGCUUCUCUCACUCAGAAAUACCACCGUUUAAUGAUUCACAGGACCAAGACUUGGCACAUUUCCCCAGGGUCGCAGGAGGGGAUGAUAGUUACAUGGAUGAAAGUCACUCAUUAAACGACAUGAUUCCCUUCAGAGGAGUUGAUGAGACAGGGCCUCUGCCUCCCUCUGCCUAUCCGUGUGACCCUCAUCAGACUUCCCAAACUCUAAAACAAGACUUUGACUUUGGAUUAGGAGCUGGUGUGGCCUCUGCAUCUGGUGACAAGGAGGAUUUUGCUUUGCUUGGACCUUUACCCCCUCCUCCUCCUCUGCCUCGCCCGGUCCAGGGCUCUCCACCUCCAUCCUCAUCUGCCCUGUCAGACAUUCAGCAUUUCACCAACACUUACCAGCAGCUUGAGACAAGAAGAGGAGAGCAGUCUGCUGCUAACCUUCUUCGACAGAAACUUCAAGAAUCUGGCAUGGGAUUUGAUGAUUAUCCUGGCAGUGACUACUAUGGAGCCACCCCACCCCACCAUAGUCAGGCUCAAGGACACAUGCUAAAUAGGCAACAUCAGAUGUCCUCUGGUCGGUCCAGUUUGUCGCCACAAGAUUCUAAGCCACCAGAGAGUCUGGUGCCUAAAGGCUAUUUCCCAUCUGGCAAGAAGAAGGGCAGGCCCGUAGGGAGCGUGAAUAAACAAAAACGGGCCCAGAACCAAGCCCAAACACAAGGGCAGAGCCAGCCUCAAGCUCAGGCUCAGAGCACAACUCAGAGUGCUCCUCCAGCCCCACCCACUCCAACUAUAGCUGCUGCCAUAACCCCUCCGUUGGUGCAGACCGCCAGCAGCACACCGCCCCCUGCUGCACCCCCUCUGACAGACAAUAAAAGCACUCCCCCGCUGACCCCACCUAUUUUAACCCAGGUAGUGAAAGUGGAUGUUGAGAGUGAGGACACACAGCCAGAGAUCGAGGUCAAACCUGUGCGAAGGAGACGCAGAGGUGUGAAAGAUGAAAAUGAGCCCCUAGAAGCCAGAGGACGACAGAGGAGGAGAAGGAGGGGAGCAGCACCGACGGCGCCACCGGUGGCCAAAGACGACCCAGAUACACCUUUAGGUGCAGGAGGGAGCCCUGGCACAAAUAAAGUAUUCAUGGACCCAAAUAGAAAGGGCCCGUUUGUUCCACACAUACAUGUGGAGAACAAAAUACCAGAGAUUGGGGCAGUGUGCACCAUUGUAAAUGCUGAGGAGGAGAAGAUGAAAGGAGAGCGGAGUGCAGUCGGAGGGAAAGCAGGCGGGAGUGGAAUUGAUUCUCUCCUGACCUCAGCUCUUUCCUCCCAGUUAUCUAGGAGAGACAGAGAAUCAGAGAAAAGGGAGACAGACGAGGUGGAAACUACACUUCAGUCAGGAAAAGCGCUUCCUUCAUCUGGCUAUGUUGUUUCAGGCCCCGUGAUUACAGAGACCAAUCACUCUGGCCGCCUGCUCUGCUGCCUCUGUCAGAAAUGGGCAAAUUACAAACACCUUGGAGAUCUCUAUGGACCUUUCUAUCCAGCUGAAUAUGCUGCAAAGCUCCCCAAGAACCAGCCCCAGGUCCGACAAUGCCAGCCGACCACAGGCACAAACAAAACAGGACCAAAUGCAGACAUAAGCUCAAAUGCUUCGAACACCAUCCAAGACUCACAAACACAAGAUGCUCAGUUUACAAAGCCCCCAACUGAGAGUGAGUAUGCCGUCAGCUUAGAUUCAAACCCAAUAUCUCUCACCACUACAGUCAGACCUGCCCCCACGGCCGAUAGAGAGGAAAUGAUGAUGCACAUGACUGGCAAGUUCAGUAACACUGCCUCCUCUUCCUCCUCUUCUUCGUCCUCUUCAUACGCCAGUAAAACAAAAUCUCUAACCUGGGACAUGAAUCUAGAUAUCCGGCCUAUCCCCGAGCUGAAGAGAGAGCCAGACCUUGAGAUCGACCAGCAACAGCCGCAAAUCCAGCAACAGCUGCAGCAGCCAACAGAUGAAGCUCAACAACGACCUCAACACAGAAAGCUGACCUCACAUCCCCGCUUUAAAAGGAGGCACAAAUCUAGUGAGGAAUCCCCCAGAAUGGUGCCAUCCAACAGUAAGGCGUCGCUGCCCUUCCAGCCCCCUCCGCCCGCCUUGGAUUCCCUGGGACCCUUGGCACAACUUGCCCAGCUGCCUCAGAUGCCCAUGGACCCAGAGGAGCUGUGGGUCCACGAAGGAUGUAUAGUGUGGACCAGUGGAGUGUAUCUUGUCAAUGGCAGACUGUAUGGCCUGCAGGAGGCACUAGAUGGCACCAGAGAAACAUGCUGCUCAUACUGUGAGAUGGUGGGCUCAACCCUGGGCUGCUACAGUAAAGGCUGUACACUCCGCUACCACUACCUGUGUGCUAUUGAAGCUGAUUGCUCUCUGAAUGAAGAUAACUUCUCUCUGCGGUGUCCGAAGCACAAGGUAAAGAAGGAGAGUUUACCCAGAGCAUCCGGCCAGCCAAGUCAGUGUACCUGGAGCAGUCAGAGAGAGGCUGAGAGAAAUGCAGAAGAAGAAGAGACGCAGGAGUCUGGGAGCUGUCAGUUUGGACAAUAGAAGACUGAGACACGAGACUUUGUGAAGCAGCCCCAAAUGUGAAAGGACAGGACUGGCAUCUGUGACAGUGAACAACAAAAGGGAAUGUACAAUUUCUCAACAGGAAUCAGCAUUAUUUACAUUUAAGACAAUGGAAAAAAAGAAACCUUUUUUUUUCUAAGAGAAUUGUUGCUCUUUACUUAAAAGCAGAAAAAGAAAAAAAACAAGGACAUGCAACAUAGAGGAACGGAGCUUGAAGUGAAACAAAAAAAGAAAAACUACAAAGAUCGAAGCGGAAUAAAAUGAGACGUCAAGACUGACAGAGGAACUAAAGGAACUUUUUUGUGGAGAACAAAAGAAACAAACUUCCUCUCUAGGCUUACUUUGAUUUUCCUCAGACACCCUCAAUGUGUAAAACUCUUGUUUAUCAUCAUCUGUAUUAUCAUUUACCUGUUGUUUUUUUAGGUGUUCUUUUGCUUUGAAGAGACAUAUUGGGAGCAAGUUGGGUGAUAAACCCAAAGAAGAAAACGAGAGAAUUCUGUAUCCUCUCACAAGUAGUAUUUUAUCUUACGAUAUUAGGAUGACCACAAUUAUUAUUUUAGUCCUCAUUAUUAUUUUGUAUCCUCAUCAGUAUUUACUCAUGAAAAUGAAAUGGAUGUAUCUCACUUUAUAUUCAGUCAACACAUGAAUUGGAUUUAUUUUUUUCUCAUUCCUGGAGAGGGAGGAGCCAGAGUGAUGUUGUCUGGAAUGUCAGGGUCGAGUUUGCCACAAAGACAUUAUUGCCUUGGAGAACGGACAUCUGUUGCCUUUCAAAAGUCACGUGUAUGACUGAGGAGUGUGUGUGUUGGUGUGUGUGUGCGCGAGAGAGUGAGAAACUGAAAAAAAAAAUGCCGAUAUCUGGGUCUUUGAUUCCAUUUUUGGUCCUUUUGAAAAGUGUUCUUAUUUUUCAUCACUGGGGUUUUUACGGUACAGAUAGUAUUCAUGAAAAAUCUGAUGGACUCAAUCUUAUUUUUCAAGUACAAAUGUUCGUAAUGUGCAAAGAGAAGGACAGAGCCUUGUAAGAGGAGGAGGUAACACUAUGGACUAAUGCGUGUCUGCCAUCUUUAACUGACAGGAAAAUGAUGAACAGGAUACUGAAGAGUUUUCAUCGGUGUGGAACUGUGUGCUGGGUGCACAAGUGCUAUGUUCUGCAUAGGAAGUUACGUUUGACUGACGGGUGUCAGUGCCUCGCACAGUGAUGAAAACAUUUUUGGAACUGGAAAACUUUGGAGAAGGUGUCAUAUAAGCGGCUGUGAUUGGCCAACCGUACUGGCCGAUGUGGAGUAAGCCUUACCAAGUACUUCUGAAUGGUUUCAUUCUUUAGUGACACAGCAGCGAUUUGAUCGGGAGAUGCAAAAUACAUUCAAAAGAAGCAUUGCCAUAAAAUUUAAAAGUGAGUCGUACAUGGUGUUGUCUUUAUCAUUUUUUAUUGUUAUUCUUGUAAAAAAAAAAAAAAAAAAGUCAAACUGAGAAGACAGUUACACUAUCAAAACCAUGCUGUAUUAGAAACCUGUCAAUAUGUAUAUGAAUUAUGAAUACACUUAAAAAUGCUUCAAGUAUGCUCCUCUUCUUAUUUCUUCAACUUAUUUUUGUCACUUUUGUUGCUCUGAUAAAAAAACACCUGCUUGAGU